AUAAAUGCGUAGAAUGAGGGGAUAAAGAGUGGCGGGUUUAUGGUUGUAGGCGACGAUGAAGAACGCUUCUCUAGCAAACAUUUGAUCAUGCUAACCGGCCUUGCGUAGAAAAGACCUAAUUGAGAAAGUGAACCCGCUGUCUUUAUUUCUACAUUUAAAUUAACCUUUAUCUAACUAUAACUACGGAGAAGGCUGCAUUGUACGGUCAUCGUACGCGCGUCCGUGUUUUGGAUUUUUUUAUAGGUUCCGUUUCAGACUUUCUCACUUUACCGACAUGUUUCGCUUGCAGUCCCUGGCAGCUCGGUCACUGAUCGCCGGAGCUCUUGAUCAGUAUACUCCAUUGACACUCAAAUCUUUACCGAGUCUCAAUGGGGUGAGACACAAAUCUCAAGGUCCCACCGUAGAGAAGUACGGGCAGAUGCGCUUCAGCACCGCCGAGGCUAAAAUUGAUGCUGGGCUUUUUAAUGGAAAACUGCGGGAGAGGAUUCUCAGUAUGGAGACAUUGAACCCGCAGGUGAAGGCUGUGGAGUAUGCGGUGAGAGGACCCAUUGUCAUUAAAGCUGGAGAAAUCGAGAGGGGCUUAGAGGAGGGCAGUACAAAACCCUUUUCUGAGGUCAUCAAAGCCAAUAUUGGUGAUGCACAUGCCAUGGGACAGCAACCAAUCACCUUCCUCAGACAGGUGGUGGCGCUCUGUACAUUCCCUGAACUGAUGGACAGCCCCAGUUUCCCAGAGGAUGCAAAAUGGAGAGCACGGCGUAUCCUGCAGGGCUGUGGCGGAUACAGUCUCGGGUCCUAUAGUGCAAGCCAGGGUGUAGAGUGCAUCCGUAAAGACAUUGCAGCAUAUAUUGAGCAAAGAGAUGAGGGAGUGCCUUCCAAUUGGGAAGACGUUUUUCUCACCACCGGUGCGAGUGAUGGCAUUAUGACUAUUCUGAGACUACUGGUGUCCGGAAAAGGCAGUUCUCGUACUGGUGUAAUGAUCCCCAUCCCUCAAUACCCGCUCUAUUCAGCUGCCAUCUCGGAGAUGGAUGCAGUGCAGAUCAACUACUACUUGGAUGAAGAUAACUGCUGGGCCCUUGACAUCAAUGAACUUCACAGAGCCUAUCAGGCCGCCAAACAGCACUGCCAACCUCGGGUCAUUUGUAUCAUCAACCCUGGAAACCCAACUGGUCAGGUACAGAGUAAAAAAUGCAUUGAAGAAGUCUUGCACUUUGCCUAUCAGGAGAAUCUCUUCGUUUUGUCAGAUGAGGUCUACCAGGAUAAUGUGUAUGCUUCUGACUGUCAGUUCCACUCCUUCAAAAAGGUGCUAUAUGAGAUGGGCCCGGAGUACUUCAACAGUGUGGAGCUCGUCUCAUUCCAUUCUACCUCCAAAGGGUACACUGGAGAGUGUGGUUUCAGGGGUGGAUAUAUGGAGGUGAUCAACAUGGAUCCAGAGGUCAAGGCCCAACUAGUAAAGCUUUUAUCAGUGAGACUGUGCCCUCCCUUGGCUGGCCAGGCUGCCAUGGAUGUCAUAGUCAACCCUCCACAACCAGAUGAGCCCUCAUUCAAGCAGUUUUACCAGGAGAAAGCAGCAGUGCUAGGAGCUUUAGCAGAGAAAGCUAAACUGACUGAGCAAAUCCUGAAUGCAGUACCAGGAAUUAAGUGCAAUCCCGUCCAAGGGGCCAUGUACGCUUUCCCCCGCAUCUUUAUUCCUCCUAAAGCAGUGGAAGAAGCCAAGGCUUUGGGAAUGAAACCGGACAUGUUCUACUGCCUGAGGUUGCUGGAAGAGACCGGAAUCUGUGUAGUUCCUGGUAGCGGCUUUGGGCAGAAAGAAGGAACAUACCAUUUCAGAAUGACAAUCCUGCCAUCCACAGAGAAGCUGAAGGUGCUCCUUGGCAAAGUUCAUGAUUUCCAAGUCAAGUUCUUGCAAGAAUUUUCUGCUGUAGAGCAGCUAGAGAGAUGAUAAUAUCUGUUGCGAUUUUGAGAACCAGUUGGCCAAGCCCAGCAUGACAACUUGAACUAAUUUCUGUUAACUUAAAUUAAUAACAGCAAAGGUAGUAAGGGCCUUGUGUGCCAAGUUUUUUAUUUUUUGUUUUAUACAUGAUUUUAGGAGAUUAUG